AUGGCCCACGCCCUCUUACCUCUUGGGCCUCGUCGAUACCUAUGGCUCCCUUUGUUCCUCCUCCUUCUUUCUCGGCUGGCGGUCCCCGUUGAGGGGCUUGAGUUCGCGACGGUGGUGAAUUUUUUCGCCCUCCAAGACCCCCUCGCGACGAAGGAGAACAGCGAGACGCUGUGUAAGGGAAUGGGGGGGUUCCUCGCGACGGAGCCGACGCCGGCCGCUCACGCCGCCGUCGUCGCGGCCGCCCAGGAGGCAGGGGGGGGGAACGAGUGGUACGCCUUCCUCGGCGCCGAUACCCGCGAUCCGACGCGAAAAUUCUGCCCGAAGCCGUUCCCGGAGGAGUUCCACCACGGCGGCGCCACCUGUGAUUGCUACUGGCGGUGGAAUCAAGGGCGGUGGCGGGAGCUCCAGGACGACCGCACCCGUCGUUUCUUCACCCCGGGCAUCGGCGUCACGUUUUUUAUCGGGAACCAUUUCCGGCUGGAGGCGUCCGAGGUGGGGCCGGUGUCGGGGUUUGCUUCGUAUUUUCCCGCCCCCUCGACGACCGACGCGGAGCGUCGGCCGAAUUGUCUGCUUGGGAACGAUCUCCUCGCCAUCGGCAACGGGGCGGGGUCGAUCUGGUCGGAUAACCUCGCCACCGGGGGCUACAGCUACGCGGGGUACGCCUACUCCGAGGUCAUCUCCCUUUGCGUGUGGAAUGAAUCCGCACGGGCCGCGACGAAGUCGAAAUUCCUCGCCAUCUGCGAGAUUCAGGCCCCGACGCGGGGGAUUUCUGAGGUCGACGUGCACGACGCGGCGCCGGAGUCGACGUGGUGGGUGGUGUACUUCUCCCUCCUCUUCGUCGCCCUCUUCAUUAUCUUCCUCAUCGUCUGGCGAUGCCAGGAUCGGGAGGACGGGGAUGAGCCCUUGGAGGAGGCCCCGGACUGGGUGCAGCAGGAGGCCGGGGGGCUCGUCCGGAGCAAGUCUUGCGUCAGCCAGCGGAUGAUCGAGUGCCCCGUUGGGAACAUCCUCGCAGCCCCUCACCCGUGCGCCUCAGGUCGUUGGAAUGCCUCGCAGAUAGAUAUGGAUCGCGUUCGCGCGGCUUCCAUGCGCAGCAUGCGAGACUUCUCCCCUACCGAGGGAAUUCCCGCUACCGACUUUUCGCGCGUGUAUGUUCUGGACCGGAAGGGAAGUCAUGUGGAUUAG